AUGAGAGCUUUAGAUGAUUGUCAUUACAGCUUAGGGCUAGAAAAUGGGAUAAACCUUGGUGGGUGUGUUGAGCUUGAUUUUGAGCAGGACCCAAAGACUGUAGCCGUUGAAUAUUCUUUUAAAGUUUUGUUGGAGGGCUUGGGUGAAGAUACCGAUAGAGAAAGAAUUAGUAAAACCCCACUUCAUGUUGCCAAAUCUCUUCACAAAGGGAUCAGAGGGGAUACAAGUGAAGGUACAAGAGAACUUGAUCAAACGCCGACAUGGGCUGUAGCUGGUGUUUGUGCAAUCAUCAUCGUCGUCUCCAUAGCUUUAGAGAAAGUUCUUCAUAGACUUGGAAAGUUUUUCACAGACAAGCACAAGAAAGCUUUGUUCGAAGCUCUGGAGAAGGUCAAAGCUGAGCUGAUGGUUCUAGGGUUUAUCUCAUUAAUAUUGACUUUUAGUCAAUAUUACAUUGCGAAAAUAUGCAUCCCCAUUGAUAUUGCUGAUACGAUGUUGCCAUGUACUAAAAAGAAAGAAAAAGUUGAAGAAGAAGUAGCCCACCGAUUGCUUCUAUGGUACCAAGAGCGCAGAUCUUUAGCUGGCGCCAAAGCAUCUACCUGCAAAAAGGGGAAAGUGCCGCUUAUAACUGUUGAUGGGCUACAUCAAUUGCACAUACUCAUAUUCUUUCUUGCGGUUUUGCAUGUUGCAUAUAGUGCUAUAACAAUGGCUCUUGGGAGAUUAAAGAUUCGUGGGUGGAAGCAAUGGGAGCAAGAGACAUUAUCCCAUGAUUACGAAUUUUCCAAUGAUCCUUCAAGAUUCAGGCUUACACACGAGACUUCUUUUGUGAGAGCACAUACAAGCUUUUGGACCCGAAUCCCGUUUUUCUUUUACAUUGGAUGCUUCUUUCGUCAAUUUUUUAGAUCUGUUAGUAGGUCUGAUUAUAUGACCUUGCGAAACGGAUUCAUAAAUCUUCAUUUGGCUCCUGGAACUAAAUUCAACUUCCAAAAGUACAUUAAACGAUCAUUAGAGGAUGAUUUCCAAGUUGUUGUGGGAGUAAGUCCGGUGCUAUGGGCGUCGUUUGUGAUCUUUUUGCUUCUAAAUGUUAAUGGAUGGCAGGCGAUGUUCUGGGCAUCGAUAAUUCCAUUAGUCGUUAUAUUAGCAGUUGGAACAAAGCUUCAAUCCAUCUUAACAAAAAUGGCUCUUGAAAUCACAGAAAGACAUGCAGUUAUCCAAGGGAUUCCUCUUGUUCAAGCCUCUGAUAAAUAUUUUUGGUUCUCAAGGCCACGUUUGAUGCUUCAUCUCAUACACUUUGCCCUUUUUCAGAAUGCCUUCCAGAUAACUUACUUCUUGUGGAUUUGGUAUGAAUAUAAGAUCAAUUCUUGCUUCCAUGAUAACAUGAAACUCGUAAUACUAAAACUUGUUAUCGGGGUUGGAGUUUUGAUUUUGUGCAGCUAUAUAACACUUCCGUUAUACGCCCUUCUAUCCCAGAUGGGGUCAAACAUGAAGAAAUCCAUCUUCGAUGAACACACCGCCAAGGCCCUAAAGCAAUGGCGAAUGGCGGUGAAGCGGAAACACGGCGGCAAGUCACCUACUCGAUCAACCGCCGGAAGUGUUGCCGCCAGCCCUAUUCAUCCGAUGGCCUCCACCACCUCCCGGACCGCCACCGCUAUGCUCCACCGUUUCCAAACCACCGGCCACUCUACACGGUCUAAUUUCACGUACGAGGACACAGAUGUAUCCGAUUUUGAAGGCGAACCACUCUCUCCGGAAUCAUCUACUAGACAAUUGCUUGAUGUUAGGGUUGAUUACCAUAGUGAUAAUGAGAUUGAAUUGGUUCGUGAGGAUCAACAAGAAGUGGAAAUGAAGAAUGAGGAUGAUUUUUCGUUUGCCAAACCUGCCCCACCAAAAUGAGAUUUUUGUCAAAUUUAGUUUCAAUUGUUGUAGAGAUCUAGUCAUGUUUAACUUUUAUCUUGGUUGUUAUUUCUUGGGGUUUUAUGUUAAGGGGUAUUUGAUUGUGUAAUAGUAAAUAUAUGCAUUUUGGGAAUAUUCUUGAAACUGUAUGUUGUAUCAUAAAACCUUAAAAUGUUUUUGAAAGGAAUUUGAAUGUAUCAAAAGGA